AUGGAUCGUCGAAACGUUGUCUUCAGCGUGAUACAAGAUAGAUCGAAGAUACAAACAUUUGCGCCAACUCUUUUCGCUAUGUCCAAUCAAGCACAAGAAACUGCAGAAAAAAGCGUUCAGACACAGGAUUCAAACGGGCCAACGCCAGCAGUUUUAGUCACAAAUAAUCCCGAGAAUACCGCCGCCGAAGUCGCCAAUACACUAGUCUCGAUGGCCACCGGUCGACAAAGAGUCAUUCCAACCGUUAAACAACUAAAUGUAAUUACUGUUUCGAAUCCAUCGUCAACAAGCACAACAACAGUAACAGCGACUCCAACGUUGCCCAUCCUAUCCUUAGCUGACUAUACUACAUCACGUGGUGUCCCAACGGCUUCAGCCUUAGCUAAUCAAGCUAAAUUAACUCCUUUGAAACAAGAUGAAAUCCUUGAAAACAAUGACACUGAUUCAUCAAUGUUAACAGAGGAUUAUAAUCAACUUAGAAGUGAAAGCAAUUCGGCAAGUAAAUCUCGACGAGGCAAAUCGGCGAAAUCAGUAUCGAGCUCUAAAAAUACGAAAUCACAAGUUAUUGAGCCUAUUCAAUAUGGUCCAAUUUUAGUCAAACCACGGAAACAGAUUGCACCGACACUUGCCAGUGGUCGAAAAAGUAAAGAUGAACCGCUUCCACCAGAAGAAAAUGUCCGACGUCAACAACGCCGUGAUCGAAAUAAACAAGCAGCAGCUAAAUGUCGAAAGAAACGAAAUGAACUUCGUGAACAAUUAGAAAAAACGGAACAAAUACUAGCGGAACAACAACAAAACCUUCAGCGUUCAGUCCAAACAUUAUCCGACCAGAAGAAUCAGCUCGAAUCACUAUUGCAUCGCCAUGCCUGUUUGAGAAAAGCUCAUUUGCCAACAGUGAAUAAUCUAAAUCUGACGAAAAACGACGUGAAAACACUUUCCACCUCGAAUGUUCUCGAUCCGAAUAACAGUAAACGUGUGACAAUUAACUUUGCAAACCCGCAAGACUUAUUUGCUAUGUCACGUGUAGUGUCUACCACUGACACCCUUCCUUCGUCAUCUGCAACAACAACAUCAACAGGCGUUCCAAUGAUAACUAUUCACAUUCUACCCGAAGUCGCCCAAGCGUUACUCGGUUCAACAUCUCUCGAUAAAGCUAAACUAGCUGAACUAUUACAACAAGCCAAUACAGCUAGUUCCUCUUCCUCAACAACUACCACAACAACAACAGAUUCCGUACCGACCAACAAUACAAAUUGA